AAACCCUAUCUCAUUGUGCGAAACCACCAAGAAGAAAACCCUAGGUCAUCUGAAAGGAGGAGGGCCAUUUAACCAGCGAAGAGGUCAAGAGAAAAACCCUAAACCUAGCCCAUAGUGAAGGAACGAGAGCUCCAGAGAAGCGCCAAUCCUGAUCUUGGCAGCUCCAUUUUUGCGAGCUCAAGAACCUAACUAGACAAUGGCUCCUAAGAAGGCGAAGGCUCCUCCUCCAUCUUCAAAGCCUGCAAAAUCUGGAGGUGGAAAACAAAAGAGGAAGAAAUGGAGCAAGGGAAAGCAAAAGGAAAAGGUGAACAACAUGGUGAUAUUUGAUCAAGCAAGUUAUGACAAGCUGCUUUCUGAGGCGCCAAAGUAUAAGUUGAUCACCCGUUCCAUCCUGUCUGAUAGAUUGAGGAUUAAUGGAUCUCUCUCACGACGGGCAAUCAAGGAUUUGAUGGCACGAGGUUCCAUCCACAUGAUUUCUGCCCACUCUAGCCAGCAGAUAUACACUCGUGCAACCAACACAUGAUUUGAUACGUCUCUUUCUUUUUGGUUGUUUGAAAACAACACUUGAAUUGGAAUGUCUUUUUCUUUCGCUUCUAUUAUGAGCAGUAAUUGCCUGGUUUUGAGGCCCAAUAGGGUUUUUGUUCGUUUAGCUACUUUUGAGUUAUUUGACUAAACAAGUUUUGUUUCCUCAACCGAUCAGGACUGGCUAUUUCUCUUUUAGGGAAUUUGAAUUAAACCUGGAAUAUUAGUUUAA